UGCAGCAUGUGCUGUUCCCCUAGAGCACCAGCAGCAGACAACAACAGGCUUGACAUUGGCAAUGCCUGAUGAACGUCAGGAGCAGCAGUUUCCAGUGCAUUCCCAGAUCUCUUUCAAGAAUUGUGGUGCGGCUUAUCACCGAGGAUGCCAUGUGGGCGGCGAGGUGUGGUGCUGUGACUUCGUUGGCAUGAUUUUGUGGCCAAAGUCCAAGCGCUCAAUCUCCCGUCAGCGAGCUGUUGAUGAGGAAAAUGCUGCUAAGGAACAUGGAGCAGUUCCUGUGGGUGUCUUUGUGGAGGAGGGAGUUGAAGAGAUAGUUGAUUGGUGUACGUCCGCUGGCAUAACCAUUGCUCAACUCCAUGGAGAUGGUGCAAGAAGUUACCCUGAGAUGGAUAUGAAGAUGCAAUUGAAGCGUAAGACGGAUGCGAGGAUGUCGGAAGAGCUUCAAUCAUGGACGGGCAAGGACCAUAGUGGCAAGGAUGUCACCUCUUUCCCUGGUUACCACCAGAUUGAAAUCCAGCCUCAAGACCCGUACAAGACCUCGUUCAAGACGCGGUACGGGCAUUUUGAGUGGGUUGUCAUGCCCUUUGGCCUCACCAAUGCCCCCUCGACUUUCCAAGCAGCGUUGACGACUGAGUUUCGCGACUUGCUCGAUCGCAGCGUCCUCAUCUACCAUCAUAACAUCUUGGUUUACAGUAGGACGUUGAACGAGCACAUCGUACACCUCCGCGUUGUUCUGGAUCGUUUGCGACGAGCCAAGUACAAAGCAAAUCUCGACAAGUGCGAGUUCGCCAAGCAAGAGCUUGAGUACUUAGGUCAUUUUGUCAUGCCGAAAGGCAUUCGUCCCUUAGCGGACAAGAUCCAAGCCAUCGUGGAUUGGCCGGAACCCCAUUGCACGACGGAUGUACGCUCUUUCAUGGGUUUGGCUGGAUAUUAUCAGCGAUUCGUCGAGUCAUACUCGAAAGUGGCCGCUCCUUUGUCGAGACUCCAGUCCCCGAAGGUGCCCUUCGAGUUCCACGACGCAGUUUGUGGCGCGUUCACUACGUUGAAGGCAGCAAUGCAAGCCGCACCUGCCCUCCGUAUAUACGACCCCACCCUAUCCACCCAAGUGACUACGGACGCUUCGGGAUACGGUAUUGGUGCGGUGUUGGAACAGUGUCACGAGGACGGUUGGCAUCCGGUCGAGUACUUCUCCCAAAAGGUGCCCCUCGUCAACACUCUAGACGACGCUAGGAAGAAAGAGCUACUCGCGUUCGUCACCGUUCUCAAACGGUGGCGCCACUUUCUUCUCGGCCGUCGGCGUUUUAAAUGGAAUACGGACAACAAUCCGUUGACCUUUUACAAAACGCAGGAUACGGUCACUAGUACGAUCGGUCGAUGGAUGUAUUACAUCGACCAAUUCGACUUCGACCCGUGCCACAUUCCCGGUCCCACCAAUCGAGCUGCGGAUGCCCUCUCACGACGGCCCGACUUUUAGUCUCACCGAGAAAGUAGAUACUUUGACAGAGGAGCAGUUGGUGGUGCCAAGUUGGCUGGUUCUGGCGGCGGAGGGCCAGGCAAUACAGGGCUGCAGGGAUAUGCAGCACCAUCGGAAAUACCAAAAGGAGGGGUUACAGAGUCUCGCCAAGAAGUAGUGACGUUGCCAGAGGAGCAGUUUGGCGGUGCCAAGUUGGCUGGAUCUGGGGGCGGAGGGGCAAGCACACCAGGGCAGGGAUAUGCAGCACCGUCUGGAAUACCAGAAGGAGAGGUUCACUUUAAGAUGGGGCUUUGUCAUUUGGCCGUCAAGGAGACAAGAUCAGAACUGGCAGAGCUGGUGACGUUCCCGUCAAGAUCUCGUACAUUGAGAAUCAACCUGACACUGGCGUAGUUGUACCAUCAAACCGAUUCAAGCGGGUUAUGACAGAG